CUGAGCACGAGAGGACCCUUCCCAGUGUGCACUUUGUCGAACAGGAAGCAAGUCACAAGAAUCAUGGCUAAGUUGCUCAAACAUCUGGGUCUGGGGGUCGGCAAAAAGCCGCCGCCACAGCCUCCCCGUCCCGACUACUACGACGAAAACUCGGCAAAACCUAGAGUUGGACCCAGGUUAUCGGGGGGAGACUCAGACGACGACGAUUACGCCGACCCCGCGGAGGCACUGCCGGGGAAUUACAGCGCCGUGCCCGAAGGAGGGGAUGCGCGCAGGAAGUCGUAUGGAGGGGACGGUGUUGGUCAUCACUCCACGCCUCCGACAAGGACGGGGAGCAGUAAGAGUGACAGUAGUUACUCCGUGUCCAGCUGUGGUAGUGGCAGUGACGGUGCCAUGAAAAGGUCGGCAGAAAACAUCCACAGCACCACGGAAAACACGCACGUGUCCAAACCUAUGAAGCCCAUUGUCCUUGAUGACUACAGUGACCCUUACGACAUCAGAAAGGCAGUUCUUGAUAGCAGGGACUACGACGUGCCUCCAGACUGUCGACCACCCAAAGAGGACGACUACAACAACUACUCAGAUCCGUACGAUGCACAGAAAAUUAUACAAGAACUCAGGAUACAACAAAGUAAGGAGGCCAAGGAAGAACCACAUCGCUCCAGCACACCCGACAGUGACAGCAGCAGUAACGAUUCAGCGCUAUACGAGGACCCCUACGAGCCCAGCGUUCCGGAGGACACAGACACACACCAGGCCAGGUUAGCCCGGGAACUAGAAAAGGCAAAAGAAACACAGUUGAAACAGCAGCAGCAGCAGCAGCAGCCAGAUGAAGACACCAGACCAGCGGAGGAUUACGACCAACCGUGGGAGUGGUCCUCCAAAGAGAGGCUAUCUCAGGCGUUCGCAGUAUACAGAAAAAGGUGCUGCCACAGACCAGCCCAGUUAGACCAACACCAGCCAUCCCCGCCGCCACCCACCCACCCCAUCACUUCAACAGACAAGAGGCUGGCUGCAGUACCAGAGAAAACAGCUAGUCCUCUCAAUAUGCCCGGGGUAUUCAGGAAAAAAUCUUAUGAGGGGCCAGACUCCAUUGAUCCAUCUAUACCUCUGGAAGGUCAAAGGUGGUACCAUGGAUCCAUUAGCAGAGUAGACGCAGAGCAUGUGCUACGCUCAUGUAAGGAGUGCAGUUUCCUGGUCAGGAACAGUGAAAGCUCCCGAACCAACUUUUCCUUAUCCAUCAAGAGUGCCAAGGGUUUUAUGCACAUGAAGAUAGCACACAACGUGGACCUGAAAUACAUCUUAGGGGAGUGCAGCAAACCGUUUGACACCGUGCCAGACGUGAUCUACCACUACUCCAUACACACCCUCAACAUUAAGGGGGCUGAACACAUGAAACUAAGAUAUCCCAUCACUUGUCAGCUGAUGUAGAGUCCACAAAAAAUGAAACCAGCUGGUUUUCCUUCUCUGGUUUCUCUACACUACAACCUUUGUAUAGUCAUGUUUGUAUUCAGUUAUUAGUAUUUCAUAAUAGUGCUUAUUAUUACAAAACUAUGUACAUGUAGAACAUAAUGGUUUACUUUUUGCUAUUGAAAGAUUUUACUAUUACCGGUAUACUUCCAAACACCUCAGUUCAACUUGACUCAACAGGGAUACUUGCCAAAUACAGUUCACUUCUUUUUGUCUGUGUAAUACAAACUUUUUUUUGGGUUUCUGUAACAAAUAUUUCUGUACCAAGUCAUUCAGAGAGUCUGAAGUUGUCAUGGAUUGAUUUUUUUCCAUCUCUGUGAUUUGUGUUAAUGAUGUGGUGAUUAAUAGCAAAGAUGCCAUCUGAUUGGCCCGUUGCUGCUAACCAAUCAAUAGCAACUAUAUGGCACCUUCAUUAUCAAUGUCUAUGCCCUAUAUUUUGAGAGUUGAUGUGUUGAUGAUUUUAUUCCUGAAUAUUUUGGGUGCCUCGACUACCUCUGAUUUUAAGGAACAAGUGAAUGAUGAUGAUGAUAAUUGUAUUUUCAAGUCCCAAGCAUUCUCACUGAGGGCUCAAGACUUCACUUAUUCCAUGUAUAAACUGGGAGGUACUGUAACUAUGUAUGAUAAAGUGGACUAAUGGCAUUCAGACAAAUGAAACUAACAGGAGGGAUGACAAAAAGAUUUAUACAAGGUAUGUGGCAAGCAAUCAGUUCUGUUUUAUUCUCCACAUUGAACAAAUGCUUUGUUCAAGUCUUUUCCCCUAAUUUAUUGGUUAUGCUAUUUUGAGUAAUUAUCAUUUCUGCCGCAGGAUUCUUUGGAUGUACGUCAAUGACACAGUUUAUAAAGAAGUUAACAGCUCAUUCAUAGUUUUAACAAACACAUUCUGAGUUGAUUACCAGCAAAUCUUUAUCAGAUGGUGCUGUCGGAGGGACUCUAUUGUAACAUAUAUCAAGAACAAUCAUGCCAUAACCACACCCAAUCCAAGGCUGGUAGUGCUACGUGCAUGGCCUGUCAACUCACAGUUUUUGCACAGCUUCAUACUUCUGCAUUAUGUAAAUGUAUUUGGGGCUGAAUUUGUAGACAGAGACAAGUAACCUCACCCUGGUGUAUGAUUAACCUUCUCAGAGUUUUUUCUUCCUAGACAAUGAGUUAUCUUAUUUAUACUGUUCAGUGCAAUGUUAACAUUUUAAUUUCAAGCAAUGCAUUAAGUGAAAAUUCUUCACCUUGUUGCAUAGUAUGAUGAAUGAUGUUUGUCAGCAGUACUGUACAUGGUGUAUAUCGUAGUACAAUUUGAAGGAUCAAUUUCAUUUGUUCUUAUGUUUCCCCUUGUUGGGAGUGUUCUUUUGCUGUAAUCAAGUGAAAAUUUAUAUAUGGUGGAGAGAUCGAAAAUUCUUGAGAGUAGAGGUCUGCAUUUUGCACAUAACAUUUUUUUUAUAAAGUUUUUAGCUGUAAAUAGUUGUAUUGGUUAAAUGUAAAGGUCUAUUCUAGCAAAACAUUAAGACACAAAAAUGAGACACAUCACAUAACAAGUUCAUGGUGUAGACAAAAGCAGACAUCAUGCUUGAACUAACAGAAGAAACAGAAAACACUUUAAAAGAUUCAGACCAUAUUUGCCAAGUAACUUUUCAUAUUGUGUCAAAAGAACAGUGAAUGUCUGAGCUGGACGGUAUUGUGCCAUUCUUACUUUCACCUUACAAUUACAGAAAAAAGUUUUGGAUUUUGAAGUUACUAGUACUUCAGUGCACCUCUGCAAAGUUUGUGGUUUUCAUCUUUGUUUCUAGAUCGGCACUUAUAUUUUAUUCUACGUUUGCUGUCUUCCUGUUUGUAAAGACUGUUGUUGCAUCAUACUGCUAAUCAAAGUAUUUAUUCUAGACGAUAUGUGUUACAUCAUGCAUUCUUAAUGUUACAACAAUGGCUGGAUAUAUUAUAGAAUUCUUUUGGAGAUUAUAGGAAAUCAGCCAAGCAAUGCUAGUGGUGGUGUGUAAACAUGGGAAAGGGUGUUUAUAUUUGAUGAUGACAUCAGAAAAAAAGUUGGUGUGUAAUUGCACUGGAGUUGAUUCAAUAAGAUGUGAAGUAGCACGUCAGUGUGUCUGUUCCUAAUGUGAUAUUGGUCAGGAAUUUAGACCUUGUUGAUUGCUUCUGCAUGCAUCUUAAUAUAUUCAAAUACCCAUGAGAGGUAUCUUUAUUUUGCCAUUCUUUAUUUGAAAUUGUGUAAGACUCAAGACCUGCAGAUGGAUUAAAAGGAAAUCUAUGCAUA